GAUAUCACUUAAGGUUUUACUGGCGACGGUUAAGAAGGACAAAAUAUUCCUAAGUUUUUGAAUUUUAUCUGAUCAUUUAGAAGACUUAGUUUUUAUUCUGUCAAUAUGCAGCACCAGGCAAUCCUUCUGUGUUCGAUCUUGUUCGCAUUCUACGCCCCGGGCCAGGCAAUUGAAUGCUACUCGUGUAGUACAUCGACUACAACCCCCAACACCGGUUGCAUGACUGAAACAUUGGCAGAUUCUAAUCGAAAGAACUGCACUACUGGGCUCAACUACUGCACGACGUCAACAAUCUACGCCGAGUUUUUGAAUAGAACAACGGUGACAACUGUACGAGAUUGCGCCUUGUUAAAUGUUACUGGUAUCACGUGCACCAACAUCAUCGGAGUUGGUCAAACGUACACUUCGACCUGUUCCACAGACAACUGCAACACUGGCACCAAUGCUGACACUAACCCCACAGUUUGCCCCACCGUCUCCUCUGCCGGGAAGGUUGCUGGCGGUUACACCUUCAUAGCAUUUUCUUUGGUGGCUGCCAUACUUCAAAGUAUUCAGUAAAACACUCAAUAUUCAGUAGGACAUAUUCAGUAGGAAAAAGUCAACAUUGUGUAUAUAAAAACGGGUUGUGAUUAUUAUAUCGUAGGGGAAGAAAAAUUGGUGUGAUUAUUAUACAUAUCGCUUAGUGUGGUUUUAUAGUAGGACCUUUAAAAUAAAUUCCCAAGCUUUUCA